AUGAUUCCUAGAGACCCUCCUAGUAAAAUAUUGUUAUUGAUCAUAACUUACUUACCUUAAUCAUUCUCACUAACAAAUGAUUUUUUAUUUGAGACUUUUAAGUAGUAUGGGGAAGUCAAAAAGAUUUUAAUUUUCGAAAGAGGAAAGACCAACAAGGCUUUUGUAGAAUACAAUGAAGUUAAGCACGCUAUUUCUGCAAGACGUAAUAUGAUAGGAAAAUCGCUCACUCCAUAAGGAGGCAGGCUAUUGAUUCACUAUUCUCGUUUGAAAUAGCUGGACUUGGAAGUGGUUGAUCACACCAGAGGUUCUGAAUAUCACUCUGACGAUGAGGAAACAUAACCAGAAUAGAAGUCUCCCUUGAAAUCGAUGACGCUACCUAAUUCAAUUCCAGUUUCUCUUCCUUUAAUCAAACCUCACUCCCUUGAAGAACAGCCGAAUAAUGGAAACCCAUUCAAUGGCAUCCAAAAUAUCACCGAAGAAUCCCCUACAAAAGCAAUGUAAAACGAUUCAAGUAUAUUUUCUAGAAUGGAGACUCAAUUACGACAACUAGAGAGAAUAUUGGAUGAUGACUAUGAGUAGGAAGUAGCCAAAAUACAAUUGACUCAAUUGGAUCCCAACGAAUAGGCGAUCCAAGAAUUGUUAAAUCAAUAACCAUCUAAGUUUUUGAGGGUUUCCAAUUUAGACGAAAGAGUCACUCCAAGAAUGCUUUACAAUCUCUUCAAUAGAUUUGGACAUUUGGAAGCCUUAUUGUUAAAAAGAAAUAUUCGUUAAUCCAUUCUAUAAUUUGUAAAUAAAGAGAAUGCAAUCAUAGCAAAAGAGUUACUCAAUAAUGUUGUCUUUUUUGGAAAUGAGUUGAGAAUCUUAUUCUAGACUGCUAGCAAUGCACUCUUGUAGCCCAACAACCCCUAUGAUGAAUAUUAUCAAGGAAGUCAAACCAAAUUCAAAAUUGUUCCUCUGUCUAGAGUACUUUCAUUUUCUGGCAUCACCCAAUUAUUGGAAAUCCAGGACAUGGUUAAAUUAGUUGGAAAGAUUCAAGAAAUCAAACUUGACUCUCAAAAUAUUCAAAUCACUAUGGUGGACAUCUACGAAGCCUUGAAAGUGAUCUCCGUCUUUUCGGAGUAUGAUUACAAAGGAAACAAAAUUAGUUUGACUUUAAAAUGA